AAGAGAUGGGGCGGUCGCAUAAAGGAUUUUGCUUUUUUGCGUUUGAAAGUUCCGUGACCUUUUGUUGAACAGAGUCGAGCCCGGGCGUUAUUAUCAUCUCCACACAUCAGUUUGUAAACAAAACACACAUCAAUUAUCAAUACAAUACACUAUAAAUACACAAAAAUAUGCUAUACCGCGAUCUCACCAAUAUCAACAUCAACAUGCAACAUCAAGAAGAUCAAAAUCAGGAGGGCAGCCAAAGUCAAAGUCAAAGCCAAGGCCAAAGUCAACCCACCUACAGCCAAGCAAGCGACGACGCCAAUUUCAGUCUUCCCAACAGUCGCCGCUACGCCCAUCCCCCCCGCCACAGGAUGCCCUAUCCUCCCUCCUACCAUCGGCUCCUGACCCCGCCUAACGAGGAGUACGCGACCACCUCUCAGUCGAGCAUGAUGACCGAAUCCCAGCGUUCCAUGGGCUCGGCGGCAUCGUCGUCUUCAAGACGCAGCAUCAUGUCUUCGAUCCCUACUCUGAGGAGACAGGAUGCUACUGUUGGCCAGGGCUGAGGAUGAGGAUGGACCAAGUGAUGGCGAUGACAAACGGAUAUGCGACUGCUGUUGAUGGUAGGUAGUCGACUAGCUACCUACCUACCUACCUAUCACUACGAAUUUUACCAAGCCUCAUUGGAGGCCUGGGGUUCUACUGCGGUGGACAAAAGCGGGGACCC